AUUCAUCGACGGGACGCAGACUGCGCGGGGCGUGCGCGCGGCGGUGCGCGCGGGGGGAGUCCAGAACCUAGUGCCUACCCAGUGGCAGUACGAGAGCGCACCCUGUGUACACCUCUGCUGAACACGUCAAGAAAAACAAUUGCCAAUAAAGCUUGCUAAAAGACAGUGAAAAUUUGACACACUGUGAAAGAACAGUUUUUCAGUGAUUUGUGGUUACCAUCCAGGAUUAUGCUUGAUUUUGUGGAUUAAGGUGAAGUGCACGCCGUCAGUCACCGAACAGUAUCUAGCCAUGCACCCUUCGUCGAGGAGUGCGUGCGCCGCGGCCGCGCAGGUCACCUAGGAGAUGUGCGAACGCAGGUUCUGGUGACACGACAUCAUGCCGGCACCCGUUGCCGUUUACAUCACCUCCUUCCUUGUAUUUUGGCUAUGUGUGAACGCGGACGAAGUGCCGCCGCUUGCGGUGCCGCGUCCGGCGAACGACACGGCGGAACCGCCGGACCUGCGGUCGCCGGUCGGCCGUGUUCCACCGUACCAGCCGCCGGCCGGGCCCGUGCCCAUCGCCACCGGAUACCGGCCACACAACCCGUACACCCGCGUUGAGCCUUGGCACCAUCGGCCCGUAGUCGACAAGGAUGCCUACGUCGUUGCUGAGGAUAUGGACGACCAUGAGGACGACGGAGGUUGUCACCUGCCAUGUCUCAAACAACAGUUUUCAUGCCAGAUCUCCUGCACUUGCAUACCCCUGGAGAAGCGUUGUGACGGCAUAGCUGACUGCGCAGAGGCCGAAGAUGAAGCUAACUGUGCAAGGUCAUGCGACGAACGAGAGAACAGGACUAUCUGCCCGAACACCAAUGUCUGCAUAGCCCUCGACUGGAAGUGCGACGGGGACAACGAUUGUGGCGACUUCUGGGAUGAAACUCAUUGUGGUUUAGAAAACUGCACCUCGGAUCAGUUCCAGUGUGCCAACGACCUCUGCAUCCACAAGGACUGGGUGUGCGAUGGCGACAACGACUGCAGGGACAACUCGGACGAGACCAACUGCACCAGGGGCCGAUGCCGUGACAACCAGUUCAUGUGCGGCGUCGGAGAGUGCAUCUCCCUCCACUGGCGAUGCGACAAAGAGGGAGACUGCCCGGACAACUCCGAUGAGCUCGAAUGUCCUAUCGACCUUCUCCGCUGCGGCGAGAACGAGUUCCAGUGCGACAACAAACGCUGCAUCCGCAAAACCUUCCAGUGCGACGGUGACAACGACUGUGGAGACUGGACGGACGAAGAUAGCUGCCCCAUGAUGCCGGGCAACUGCAACGCCGGGGAAUUCAAAUGUAGUGACGGCAAAUGUAUACCAGAGCGUUGGAGAUGUGACAGCGAGAGAGACUGCUCAGACGGUGGCGACGAGCUGAACUGCGAACCUCAUACCAUACGCAACUGCACACAUGACGAGUACAUGUGCUCUGAGCGACGAUGCAUCCUGAAAACCUGGAUAUGCGAUGGAGUCCGCGACUGCGUUGACGGCGAAGAUGAAAUGAAAUGCAAAGUCUUUUGCGAAGAAGACCAGUACAUGUGCAAAUCUCAAGAGAACCUCAUCAGCAAUGCGUUUAGAAACUGCGUCAAUAGGAAGCACGUUUGUGAUGGGAUGAAAGAUUGCCCAAAAGGCGACGACGAAGAGAAAUGCCCCGUGAAGAGGAAGUGUGGCCCUGAUGACAAGUGUGAGAAGCUGUGUAUCACUACACACGACGGUCUACCGGCUUGCGAUUGUCCUCUGGGAUUCUUGUUGGAUGAUGAUGGUAGAAGCUGCCGUGACAUAGACGAGUGCAUGUACGAGCAAGACCCGGUGUGCUCUCAGACCUGCUCCAACACGGUCGGCAGCUUCAGCUGCGGCUGCAUGACGGGGUAUGUGCUCCGGCCCGACGGGCGGUCCUGCAAACCCACAGGGGAGUCCCCUUCGCUGCUGUUCUCCAAUAGGAUUGGGAUACGGCAGGUGUGGUUAACCGGUGACAACUACAUGUCGGUGGUGAAAGGCCUACACAACGCGGUCGCUCUGGACUAUCAUUAUGAGAAGAAGCUGGUGUUCUGGACGGAAAACAACUUGAGGGUCAUACGUGUUGCUCAGAUGAAUAACAACAAUAUGACAGAUGUAAUAAGAUGGGGCUUAGAGACACCAGGUGGCGUGGCAGUUGAUUGGAUUCACAACCUGCUUUUUUGGACCGACUCUGGGACACGUCGUGUGGAAGUGGCAACUCUGGAUGGGUCCCUGAGGGCGGUCAUAGCGGCCAACGACUUGGACAAACCCAGAGCCAUUGCUGUCCAUCCUGGAGACGCAUUGGUGUUUUGGACUGAUUGGGGGCCGAAUCCUAAGAUAGAACGCGCUGAUAUGGACGGCAGCAGGCGUAAGACAGUAAUAUACGAUCACAUCGUAUGGCCUAACGGACUCACCAUCGAUUACAUGGAAUCGAAGAUAUAUUGGGCUGAUGCUAAGCACCAUGUCAUUGAGAAGGCAACUUUUGACGGAGGGGAAAGAAAACGGAUCACGAACAAGGGUCUUCCUCAUCCAUUUGCUAUGACGCUUUUCGAAGACGCAAUAUAUUGGACGGAUUGGCACACAAAAAGUAUAUCGACUGUUAACAAAAAGACCGGGAGAGGAAUUCAAACCGUACACGCCGGAUUGAACGUCCCCAUGGAUAUUCACAGUUACCAUCCACUGCGUCAGCUGAAGACAUACAAGAAUCGUUGCGGCGGCAACAACGGCGGCUGCUCGCACCUGUGUCUGCCAAACAGCGCGGGCCGCACCUGUCGCUGCCCCGUCGGAUUCAGCCUCAGCUUAGACGGGCAAACUUGUGAUGAAACUCCCGAAAAACUGUUACUUUACGCUCGUCGCAAGGAUAUACGACUGAAGCAGCUAAAUCCUAGGAAACCUAUCGACUCCUUAGACAUGAAUCCCGAUCAGGUGAUUCCGGUGGAGAACAUCAAGUCUGCCGUGGCUCUGGACUGGGACCACAACACCAACUCCAUCUACUGGACUGAUGUGGAGAAAGACACCAUAAACCGGGCUUAUUUGAACGGCUCACAUCAGACUAUCAUCGUCGGUUCCAAUCUUAUCUCCCCUGCGGGUUUGGCCUACGAUUGGAUUACCAACAAGCUGUACUGGACAGAUGCAGGGACGAACAGAAUCGAAGUGGCGAACGCCAACGGUAGUAUGCGGACCUUACUGGCGUGGGACAAGAUUGACAAACCCAGAGAUAUCGUCGUCGAUCCAAAAGGCGGCGUUAUGUAUUGGUCGGAUUGGGGCGCAGUACCCUGCAUCGAGCGCGCAGAUAUGGACGGAGGGAAUCGAAAGAGACUCAUAUUUGGAGACAUGACGUGGCCGAAUGGAUUGGCUCUGGAUCUUCCCAACGACCGUAUCUACUGGUCCGACGGCGGCAACAAGACCAUUGAGUAUGCUUUCCUCAACGGCACCGGCCGUAAAGUUCUCAUUGGGGUACACCUCACCCACCCCUUCGGCCUAGACUUGUAUGGAGACGAGGUUAUCUGGACUGACUGGGAGACCCAAUCUAUCCAAGCGGCCAAUAAGUUCACUGGCGCCAACCGCCGUACACUGGGCUCCGGAGUCGCGGGACUCAUGGACGUCAGGGUCUUCCACAAGGAGAGAAUUAGUGUGCCCAAUCGAUGCGGAAAAAAUAAUGGUGGCUGUUCCCACCUCUGUCUUCUGAAACCAGAAGGACGUUCAUGUGCUUGUCCAAUCGGCAUAAAGCUGCAUAAGGAUGGCAGAACGUGUGCUCUAGGGCCUGUUAACUUCUUGAUAUUUGCUCAUCGCGUGGACAUUCGAAUAGUCUCGUUGGACGUACCAUAUUUGAUUGAUGUAGUGCUUCCACUUCCACCAUUGAAAAAUGCUUUGGGUGUUGAUGUCGAUCAGAAAACUGGUCAAAUUUAUUGGACAGACACGGGUGAAAGAAAAAUUCAACGUUGCAAUAAAGGUGGCGAGAACAUUGAGACUAUUGUAGGCAAAGGACUUCAUACAGCUGAUGGCAUUGUCAUUGAUUCUUCGGGCAGAAAGAUUUAUUGGACUGAUGGAGGACGGAACAGUAUUGAAGUAGCAGAACUCAAUGGCAAUAAUAGAAAAGUUCUAGUGUGGACUGGCUUAGAUUCACCACGAGCCAUAGCGUUACAUUAUGAACAUGGGUACAUGUUUUGGUCUGAUUGGGGACAGUCUGCCAAAAUAGAGAGAGCUGACAUGGAUGGCAAAAAUAGACGAGUCAUAGUGGACAAUAAUAUCAAAUGGCCUAAUGGACUUGCCAUCGACCGCAGUGAAGGGCGUCUGUAUUGGAACGAUGCUAAAAUCCUCACAAUAGAAAGCUCAGACUUCAAUGGCAACGAUCGUCGAACUGUCCUUAGUAACGUCCCUUAUCCAUACGGCAUUGUCAUUGUUGGGAAGCACAUCUAUUGGACUGAUUGGAAGACCAAAGCAUUACAUAGGGCUAAUAAAAAUAAUGGCAGGGAUCCCCUUAUAAUAAGAGAAAAUUUGGAAGGCCUCAUGGAUAUUCGAGCUGUUCAGGGCGAGCGCAUAUUAGACGAUGUGUGUAGCCACAACAAUGGCGGAUGUUCCCAUCUCUGCCUCCGAUCUCCACACGGCCACUCCUGUGCAUGUCCCACGGGCAUUCUCUUCGAAAACGAGACCGAGGCCAAUCCGAAAAUAUGCAAAAAGCAUCCCGACAAUUUCUUGGUUUUCGCCACAAGAGGAAGCGUGGCUAUGAUAUCUUUGGACACUCCUGAGCAAUGGGACGUUACCUUGCCAUUGAAAGAUGUUGUCAAUUCGAUUGCAGUCGACUUCCAUUGGGAACAAAAACUAAUAUUCUUUACUGAUGUUAAUAAUGAUGUCAUAAGGUCCAUCAAUAUGCUGAAUAUGAGUGACACCAAAGUAAUCGUGAGAGACAGGUUGGACACACCUAAUGGUGUCGGCGUUGAUUGGAUCGCUAAUAAUAUCUACUGGACAGACAACGAGUUCAAGGUUAUAGAGGUGGCCAGAUUAGAUGGAUCCUGUAGAAAAACAUUGAUUACGGGUUUGACUGAACCGAGGGCGUUAGCGUUAUUCCCAGCCAAAGGAUAUCUUUACUGGAGUGAUUGGGGAGAACACCCUAACAUAGAAAGAUCCUACCUCGAUGGCAGCCAUAGGAAAAUAAUAGUAAAACAAGACUUAGGCUUCCCUAACGGCAUCACAAUCGAUUACAAAGAGAGGAGAUUAUACUGGACGGAUGCGCUAAAAGACAGAAUUGACACUUCGGAUCUAAACGGUGAUCAUAGAGUCCAGCUCGUCCCUGAAGCGAAAAAUCCUUUUGGCAUGACACAGUUCAACGACUACAUCUACUGGACAGAUUGGUACAAGAAGUCCAUAAUGCGGGCUGACAAACGGACCGGCAAGAACAUAACGGCUAUCCGGACCGACCUGGAGAUGGCGAUGGAAAUCAAGGCGGUGUCGGUGGAGAAGCAGCACGGAUGGAACCCCUGUAAGGAGGAGAAUGGGGGCUGCUCGCAUCUGUGCUUGUUCAGAGUGCAUGAUUAUAUCUGCGCAUGUCCCGACGAACCGGACUCGAGGCAGUGUUCGAUAAUACCAAAAACCAGAGUCGAUAGCAAAAUGCCGCCUCACUACCCGCAUUUCUACGACUACUCUGAUUUAGACGAGCCUCACAACCACCUACCCAAGCCCACUAUGGCGCCCGAGACUAGCUUGGGAGCUAUAGCGAUAAUUGUCGGGAUCAUAUUGAUUCUGAUCAUUGGCAUCCUCAUUGUAGCCUUCGUUUGUGUAAGGAUCAAUCGUGAUCGCGGGGGCGAACUCAAGGAAAACUACCGCGAGUCGAGCGGGCACAUCUCCUUUCACAACCCCAACUACAGCUGCAAUACUGGCGCGGGGGUGGAGGGGCUCGAGAGGACGAGCCGACCUAACAGGUUCCAGGGCAUCUUCAAAUACGACAGGAGCCAGGAGCGGGUAACCAACGUGUACAUCCCGGAAGGCACCAGUCUGCUCCCCCCGCCGCCGCCGCCCCCGCACCGCCCCGCCACUCACGACGACUUCGAGCCCGUCACCCUGCACCCGUUCGCCUGAACUCACCACACAACUCGAGACCACACUAACUGACUACGGCAGUAACUUACAUUUGUUCAGGGAUAUCCUUCCCGCAGACCAGAAUCUCCCCACCUGUCCAAAAUUAUAUGGACUCGAGGGACAUUGAUAGAACGGUGUGCGAAUGCUCACGCUUCAACGGACUCUCCGAAUUAAGAUUUCUUAUUAGCGAAAGAUGGCUACGAUAGUUUAAGUACAGGUUGUUUUGAACUUUUAAAGUGAUAGAACAUUUUAUAGUGUUUGAUAAUAAGACGCAUUUGUAUCUGCGAACCUCUGUUCGUAGUUAAAAAACCCACAGGAACAAUGAAAAAAAAAGUGUCUACAGGACAUUUCAAUAAUGAGAUGAAAUACAUUCUACAUGUUACUAGGUACAUGUGGUUGUUACAUACAUAAGAACGUGAAACAAUAAAGUUCACUACGAUACGAUGCAACGAGAUGUUGUUACAAUAUGCAAAAUAAGUGUUUGUGUACUCGUAUUCAUCGAUAAAUUUAUUUUUACUCAUUCGGAUUUCGAUACCUAUCUUAUAAUCGUCAAUUGCAGAUUUGAAAUCCGAGAGGAUGCGUAGGUCGAUAAGCUCACAAUUUUAGUAAUCUUAAAUAUUAAAUCUAUUGCGAUUUUAUUAGAAUUUGAAACAAGGUUUCAGUUGAAAAUAUAGAAUAGGGAAACAUUAGCUUUUAUCAGCUGUUGUAUUAUUUGAGUUGAACUAAAAAUUCAUCGUUACACCAUCGGAUAAAUAUGUGUUUUAUUAUGAAUAAGGCAUAUAUCUAUAACAGUUACGGUUAUUGUUAUAGAAUUUAUAGAAAUAGCCAAUUGGUUUUAGAUUAAUUAGAAACUGCGUGCGAGCAACGGCGCGUCGUGACGUAGUUUGAGGGUCAUUUCAAUAAAUCAGUGUGUGUAAUUCUGGCAAAAAUAUUUAGUUUACAAAAUAUUUAACUUUUACAAAUUUUGCCUAAAUUUGUAAAUAUAUUGUAAUAUUGGUAUUAAAACACGGAAAUUGUUCAAAUGGAAACCGAGUCUAAUGUAAAUAAAUGCAUUUUACAUUAUUAUAACAUCAAAAGCAAAUACUUUCAUUUUUGAAAUAAAACAAUUUAGUGUCCUACUCCGCUAGCACACUACGAGCUUUAAUGGUACCCAUCUGUGUAACAGUGGGGAUUCUUAGCGUGGUAGCGCAGUACACAAUCUUAAUAUAAGAAUGAAUUACUAUCAGGUAUACAGGAUGAGUGGAUGGAUUUUAUUAUAUAAUUUAAGCGAAUAAAAAAGUAGGAAUACUAUAAUAUUUAUUAUUUUUAUACAAGCCGCUUAAUGAUCUCUUUGGCUCAAGAGGCGAAAUAAGGCGGCUGUUAUAUAUUUAUUCUGUAGGUACGGUAUACAAAUGACGUGUAGGUGGUAUGGGAUCAUAAACAUGAAUACGAAAUUCCUUAUAAUAUUUGAUGAUGAGAACGUCAAUAAAACUUUAUAUUUCAAACAUUACCUACUUCUAUUGAAUUGCACAGUACUCCUGAAGGACUAAAUUUAACUGACAGACGUUCCUUACUUACGUUUUUUUAAAUAUUAAAAUUCACUAUUAGAAGUAAUUCACCAGAGAAAAUAUGGUGACAAUAAAAUAUCAAUGUAAAUAGUUAGUUUUAAUUACUUACGGCAUUUUGUCAAACAAAUCUGUAUUGAUAUUGCAUUGUAAAUAAUAGUUUAUUAUCCUAACUCGAUACGUUAUAGUAUGACUUGUGUUAUGAACAUGCACUCACUCCGUGCAUUAACUAUGAUUAACAAAAAAAUUGCAUUAACAAAAGCAUGCACAUUUCAUAUCACAUCAAUGUUCAGUCACUGCAUGAUAUAUACCAAUCCACAGAGACUUGCUAAUCAUAUAGUUGCAAUUUAAUUUUUGGUAAAUACUAUUUAUACAAUAAAACUCAAAAAAAUACUAUUGGUUUCUGAAUUAAUUGCGUCACCAAAUUAGAAGGGCGUAAUAACGUUUCACAGGGUGUUUUAAUCUAAGGUAGAGUUAGGACGGGAGACAACAGAUAACUCAAAUACAAUUAUUUACAAUAUUCCACAAUAUUUUCAUUAAAAUUGAAUGACUUAUAAAUAUCUAAAACUGCACGUCACUAGUCCUAAUCGUGUUUUUUUCAUUCAUGAAGAUAUUUUAAAGGAAAUCAACCAAUUCAUCGAUCUAGUCGAUUCGUCCACUCAACGGUAAAUAAAACAUCAAAAUAAUAUGUAUAGCACGUGUUUAUAUUAAAAUAUUGUAUUGUAACACUUAUGAUACAAGCGUGCUAUGUUAGUAAUUGCAGAUAAGGCGGGACUAUCUCGCAACGUGAAGCGAAACGGGGUAAUAAAGCCGAGUAUGUAGUGUUGAUCGAUAAACGCGUAUCAUAUAACGCUUUUUAACACACUUGAAGUCAAUAUAUUUACGUGCAAGUGUGUUGAGAAAUGUAUAAACAUUAUGCAAGCAAACUCUUUGACAAGUAAAUACCGUGUUUAAGAUAAAUUAAAUUGGAAUGUAAAAUUAUUAUUAUUUUGGUAUAUAAAUAGCGCCUACUAGUCCAAAUUAGUUUUGUAAAUGUGUAUAAAUCGUUAUUCAGUAAAAAAAAUAGACAAGGAGUCAAAACUUAAUCCGCCCCAGUUUCAAGUUACUAGAUGAUAAACAAUAUCUAUCGUGACUAUUCCAAUAAAGAAUUAUGAAGUUAGAUCUUUUAUCCUCUUUUAUUCAAUUAAUUAGGAAUUUAAAUUAUUAUGUUUUGCAAAUAAAGUUUUCCAUUUUUUUAAUCAAAGAGGAUUUGAAGGUCUUCUGCUAGUAAAGGUUGAAUAUUAUGACGUUUCAUAUUAGUUUUAAGACAUACUUUAUGUAAAUUGUUUUGUUACAUAGCUUGUAAGGAAAGAGAAGUUAAAAAAAAUGUGAGUGCUGUGAUACCAGAUGCUUCGUGAGAUUUCGAGUGGGUUAUCAAUGAUGGAAUUUAAUUUAUACGUAUAUAUUUAUUACAUUACAUAAACUCUUGCAUUAAUUUUAUUUAGAAUAAUUCCAAUGAAACGAAGUCGAAUUAACUUGCAAAUGCACAAAAUGUACACAUGUAACGCACAAUGCGUAUUUAACGUUGUAAUAAUACGAUAAACAGUAUUACUAUUCGUUGAAUUAAAUUCGAAAAGUAACCUUCAUGCUGAUCGUGCCAAAUUUUUAGUUCUUUUGAACUUUUGUUACAAAUAAAGAUAAGUGAAGUAAUUUAGGUAAUUAAAUAAACAGCUUUUACACCUUUGAAGCCUCCUUCGGGUGGUGUUAAAACUGUUGUACUGAAAAUUAAAAAUAGAUUUAUUCGAAUAAAAAA